AAAAUAUAUGGCCCUUUGAAGGGUCUUGUUUGGACUCUACAUUUUGAAUAACUGUCCAAAGAACAAAUUGAGCAGAUAUGGCAGCUUAAGCCUUAAGCUGCAAGUUUCAUUCCAUCCACUACUUCAAUUCUAAGAAGAUCAAGAGCAGAAGCAAGCAAGAAUUCAAUUUCCUCCUUCUCAGCUUAGCCUAUACAGAGCAAUAUGAAGGAGAAAUUCCAAAAGAAAUCGGUGAUCUUGCACAGUUAAGAAUUGCGGACCUUGAAAAUAAUAUGCUCACAGGCAACAUACUUAUGUUCAACAACACAUCAUUGCAAUACUUAUACCUUGGUGAUAAUAAUUUGACUGGCAUUCUUCCAUCAAAUGUUUGUAAAGGGUUUCAGAACAUUAGACUACUAUAUCUUUACUUGAAUGAUUUUUCUGGUGAAAUGCCAAAAGUUUGGCGUUAUUGCAAAGAGUUAGAAGAUUUGGAACUAACUGGCAUUCAUUUUGACAAAGAACGUAUGCCACCUGACAUUGGAAAAUUGGCCAAGCUUAAAUAUUUGUAUCUUCCUUCAACCAACUUGCAGGGUGAAAUUCCAUUUUCCCUCUUCAACAUGUCUUCUUUGAUAGAGGUCAACCUUGAAAAUAACAAUUUAAACGGAAGUCUCCCACACAAGAUGUGUCAUCAACUUCCUCAACUUGAAAUGUUUGCUCUACAAUCUAAUGAUUAUGGAGGAGUUAUUCCACGAUCGAUUGAAAACUGCACAUCAUUACAAAAUUUAACUUUAGGAGAUAACUUUUUUACAGGUUCGAUACCUAUGGAGAUUGGCCAUCUCAAUCAACUUCAAUAUCUUGAAUUGGGAAAUAACAGUUUGAGUGGACAUAUUCCUUCAAAAAUCCUCAACAUUUCAACAUUGAAAGUUUUGAUUAUUAGUCAAAAUGAUCUCUCAGGCAUGCUUCCAUCAAAUAUGGAAUUUGGUUUUCCUAACCUACAACAGCUAUACAUAUAUGAAAACAACUAUGUUGGAAAAAUUCCAGAUAGUAUAUCGAAUGCUUCAAAUCUCGUUCAACUUGACUUGAGUGAUAAUCAAUUUACUGGAAUUAUACCCAAUUCUUUUGGAGAUUUAACAGUCAUCGAAUUCCUCAGCAUAGCUGGCAAUAAUUUGACAUUAAUUGAGGAUUCCCUUACUUCACUUACUAGUUGCACAUAUCUUGCAUAUCUUGAUGUAUCAGAGAAUAGGUUAUCAAAACUUCCCAAGUCCAUUGGAAACUUAUCAUUAGAAAAUUUUAUGGCAGAUUCUUGUGGAAUUAAUGGUAAUAUUCCAUCAGAAAUCGCAAACAUGAGCAACCUCAUUCAAUUAUCUCUGAGUAAGAAUGAUUUAAAUGGAUCAAUCCCAAGUACAAUUAAAAGGUCAAAUCAACUUCAAUAUUUGGAUCUUAGCUACAAUGAACUGCAAGGAUCUAUAGUUCAUGAGCUUUGUGAAGUCAGCAGUUUGAGUGAGUUGUAUUUGACAAGCAAUAAGCUCUUUGGUGUCUUACCAACAUGCUUGGGAAACAUGACUUCUCUUAGAAAGCUUCACAUAGGAUCAAAUAAGUUGACUUCAAUGAUACCUUUCUCUUUUUGGAAUCUCCAAGAUAUUUUAGAGGUAAACUUAUCCUCUAAUGCUUUAAUUGGAAAUCUUCCACCUGAUAUUAAGAAUUUAAGAGCUCUUGUACUAUUAGAUCUCUCCAAAAAUCAAAUUUCAAGCAACAUUCCAACAGCCAUAAGCUUAUUGAGAACUUUAGAAACUCUCUCCUUAGCAAAUAACAAAUUGAAUUGUCCUAUUCCAACAUCACUUGGUGAAAUGUUUAGUUUGAGUUUCUUGGACUUGUCUCAAAAUUUUAUAAAUGGUGUGAUUCCAAAUUCAUUAGAGUCACUUUCUUCUCUCAAGUACAUAAAUCUAUCAUACAAUAGAUUGCAAGGAGAGAUUCCUGACGGAGGGCCUUUCAAAAGCUUCACAGCUCAAUCUUUCAUGCAUAAUGACGCACUUUGUGGCAAUCCUCGCUUACAAGUGCAUCUAUGUAUGAAAAAGUCAAAGAAAAAGAAGUUUUUAAUCAAAAUUGUUUUGCCCAUAAUUGUUGGGUUAGGCAUUUUGGUUGUUGCAUGCAUAAUACUUGGAAUUCAUAAAAAGAAAAAGGUUGAAAAUCCACUUAAAAGUGAUCUGUCAGCUACUUUAGGGGUUCCAAGAAGGAUUUCCUACUAUGAACUUGUGAAAGCAACUAAUGGAUUCAGUGAUAGUAAUUUACUUGGAAGAGGUGGCUUUGGAUCUGUGUAUCAAGGAAUGCUUUCUAGUGGGAAGAUGGUGGCAAUUAAAGUACUUGACUUGACUUUGGAAGCGACAUCAAGAAGCUUUGAUGCAGAAUGUAAUGCAAUGCGCAACCUUCGACAUCGAAAUCUUGUUCAGGUUAUCAGUAGUUGUUCAAAUGAAGAUUUCAAAUCUCUGGUGAUGGAGUUUAUGUCAAACGGAAGUGUGGAAAAAUGGUUAUACUCAGAGAACUAUUGUUUGAAUUUCUUACAAAGGUUGAAUAUAAUGAUAGAUGUGGCAUCUGCAUUGGAGUAUCUACAUCAUGGUUCUUCAAUACCAGUGGUUCAUUGUGAUUUGAAGCCUAGUAAUGUUUUACUAGAUGAAGAUAUGGUUGCGCAUGUUAGUGAUUUUGGCAUUUCCAAGUUCUUGGAUGAAGGACAAUCUAAAACUCAUACCCAGACAUUAGCUACUCUUGGUUAUGUUGCACCAGAAUAUGGAUCUAAGGGAGUCAUUUCAGUUAAAGGAGAUGUGUACAGUUAUGGGAUAAUGCUAAUGGAAAUGUUCACAGGAAAGAAGCCAACAAAUGAAAUGUUUUCAGAAGAAUUAACUUUGAAAACUUGGAUUAGUGAAUCAAUGGUCAAUUCAGUUAUGGAAGUUGUGGAUUACAAUUUAGUCUCACAACAUGAAAAAGAACUUCAUGAAAUUUUAGCUUUAGCUUUGAAUUGUUGUGCAGAUUCACCUGAAGCAAGAAUUAAAAUGACGGAUGUAACUGCAUUGUUAAUCAAAAUCAAGACCUUAGUCAUGCGGUGAAAAUGACAGAUGUAACUGCAUUGUUUUGGGUUAUUUUUUAGCCUAGAAUAACUUUGUUGCGUCUAUUUCCCCUUUUUUUAAUCUAAAUAAGUGGUUUGUAUAAGUUUUUUUUUUGUGUUGUGAUUUUGUCGUAUGGGCGCGGCGUUGUGUUGUUCGUCAUCUUGGUGUGAUGUUUGAUUUUUCGUCUUGUUGUGGUGUUCUAUUGGAUAUUUUGUAUUGUUUUACACCAUAAAAUUACCAAAAUUAUCUAAACUACUAUCAUCCUAAUUUUAAGGGGAAUGGUUUUGAUGUUUGUUACAUUUGUUUUUGUCUCACAGCAUGAAAAAGAACUUCAUGAAAUUUUAGCUUUAGCUUUAGCUUUGAGUUGUCGUGCAGAGUCACCUGAAGCAAGAAUUAAAAUGAUGAAUGUAACUGCUUCGUUAAUCAAAAUCAAGACCUUAGUCAUGCGGUGAAAA